AUCCAUUUUCCGGCGAAAUUCGUCCAUCUACAAGUUCAGGUCAUCGGAGAAAGAAAGCUCAAGUAGCUGUGGACGAAGGUUGUUCAAUGGCGAUUAUCGUUAAUUUCAGAGACAGCCAUGGAAAAUUGAAAAACCCAGCCAACGAGAACUUCAUUCGGCCCAAUUUGCCCGUUUAGGCCCAAGUACUAUUUUUUAAUCUCUCUCACUACUCACACUCAUUUCCUCUUCUUCUCCCUCGUUAUCUUUGCGCCCCCAGAAUCAAGUUUCUGGAGAACCCAUCUCAGUUCAGCCAGAGGUUGACCUUGACUUCUAAUUGAAGAAGGAAAGUUUCAGUUGGGAACUGGGGUUCUUGAAUUAAAUGAUGAUAGACCGUUACUCAAUAGCUUUCUAUUUGGUACUGUCAUGUGUUAUUGGAAUCUUGGAUGCUAGUGCUGGGGAUGCCGAUCCACGUUACAGGGCUUGUGUUGCACAAUGUGAAAAGACUGGAUGCAUUGGGGAAAGAUGUUUUCCACACUGCAACUUUUCUUCAGAUGGGGUCUCCAUUGACGGUCCAUGGUAUAUGCAAGAACCCCUUUACUUGAAGUGGAAACAGUGGGAUUGCCAAAGUGAUUGUCGUUACAAUUGUAUGAUGGAUAGAGAAAAAGAACGAGAAUCAAAUGGUGAUGGACCUGUCAAGUAUCAUGGAAAAUGGCCCUUCACGCGAGUUUAUGGGAUUCAGGAACCUGCUUCUGUUGUUUUCUCUGCUCUCAACCUAGCAAUGCAUUUUCAUGGUUGGAUAUCCUUCUUCAUUCUUCUGAACUAUAAGUUGCCCCUGAAACAAAAUAAAAAGGCAUACUAUGAGUAUGCUUCCUUGUGGCAUAUCUAUGGGCUAUUGUCAAUGAACUCAUGGUUCUGGAGUGCUGUUUUCCAUAGUCGUGAUGUAGAUUUGACGGAGAAGUUAGACUAUUCAUCAGCUGUGGCAUUGCUUGGGUAUUCUCUCAUUCUAGCGUUGCUAAGAAGUUUCAAUGUGAGGGAAGAGGCUGCUAGAGUCAUGGCUGCUGCUCCGCUGCUUGCUUUCAUCACUACCCACAUAUUGUAUCUAAACUUCUAUCAAUUAGACUAUGGGUGGAACAUGAAAGUUUGUGUUGUAAUGGCAGUCGCUCAACUUCUUAUUUGGGCAAUCUGGGCUGGUGUGACUCACCAUCCUUCUCGCUGGAAGUUGUGGGUGGUGGUGAUUGGAGGCGGCCUUGCGAUGCUUCUUGAGAUCUACGACUUCCCUCCUUACCGAGGAUUCUUUGAUGCUCAUGCUGUCUGGCAUGCCACCACAAUUCCACUUACCUACUUAUGGUGGAGUUUCAUCAGAGAUGACGCCGAGUUCCGAACUACGAAUCUCGUCAAGAAGGCCAAGUAGCUCGAUGUAAAACUUAUGAAAACCACUCUCAAUAGUGCCUUCACUGGCAAGAAUUAUCUUUGAUAGAUCUGCUAGAGUUGUUUUGUUUCUGUUGUUUGCCCGUAAUCUUAUCUUUCUUUCUUGUUACCUUGUAACAAGGAAUGAGAUUUGGAGAGCUUAGUUUAGCAUUGGGUUGGUAACAUCUUUUUGCACUCCAACCAUGUUUGUUUGAUGUUCGAUUUGAUUCCUGAACUAAAAAUUUGUUCAAUGCAGUACUUUUUCUAAUUCAU